AUGGACGCGAAAUUUUCUCGCUUGAAAAACUUUGCUGAUGAAUCGAAUACGAGCUCGAAUAUGACCGCGAGUCACGACAACGCGCAAUCAUGGUCACAAGCGAUCUUUUCAAAAGAUUUAUUUCAAACCAAUGUGAAUCGUGUACAAAGUUUUUUUAAUAAACGUUCCGAAGCGGCAUUAUCGUCGUCAUCAAGUACGGAUGACAUGCAGAAUUUGCUGCAAAAAGGCGAUAAUGAUCCAAUUCUACCGGCACUAAGUCGUAAACAACGUAUUCUUGGUUUUAUGAUGUGCCUGACAAUGGGAAUACUUUGUAUGUGCUUAGCUACAUUGUAUAUUCCAGUAAUUGUACUGAAAGCACGGAAAUUUGCAGUGCUCUUUUCAUUUGGAAGUUUAUUUUUUCUGUCGAGUUUUUCUAUGUUAUGGGGACCAACAAACCAUUUCAAGCAUCUGACAAAUGUCGAGCGCCUGCCAUUUUCAAUUACAUAUCUUGUCACACUUUUGGGCACAGUCUAUUAUUCUGUUUGGGUUAAAAGUUAUUUCUUCACAAUUAUCUUCGCCAUUCUUCAAAUUGGUGCUCUCGUUUGGUAUAUCGUGUCAUACAUUCCUGGUGGUGCACAUGAUAUGCUCAUUCAAUCGUGCCUACAAAGAACAAUUUCCAGUAGUCAUUUGAUUAUUUCUAUACGAACGUUUAAACGAUUUGGAGAAUACGUGAAGAAUUACGGCCACGAACCAAAAUAUUACCAAGGAGGUUAUCUUCCACGAGCAUCUCAUCUAAAAGAUCCACCGGAUUAUCUACCACCGUUUAUCGAUCCAAAUGAAUGGAGUUUAGAAGCAUCGACAUUUGGACAGAAUGAUUAUAUUGAUAUUCUUGGUGAUGAGAAUGUCGAACAUUGGCAGUUAGUUCGUAACGCUCCAUUUUGGUUACGUGGUUUUCAAGGGAAUGAAUUACAACAUUUACUUCGUCGACUGAAAUUGCAAGGAAAGUAUUUAGAAGAAAAUCAACCUCAACGAUAUUCCGAUUUGAUCACUCGAAUACGAUACCUCAUGUUUAAAAUUAAUUUUAAACAUUAUAAACGUCCAUGGCUAAUACGUCCAGUUGUUGGUCCUGAUGAACCUUUACCUGACUACUAUGAUCCACGAUCUAGUUGA